AUGGCACAAAUGAUUCUGUAAAGUUGGUUCUAAAGAUCUUAGGGGCUACGGAUUUUCUAAAGAUUCAUCCAUCUCAUUUUACUUAAUUAUUUUUUUUCAGAAGUCAGUGCUCAAACAGAAAUCAGCCGAUCCUUUUUUAGUCCUUUUAGCACAGAUGAUAGUAAUUAAAGCUUUUAUUAUAGAUUGGAAAGCAUACUUAGCAUAAAAUUCUAACCACAUCACUAAUUGUGUAACUUCUGAUAUAUACGGAGGACGAUUGGUCUUUAAUUCAUAGACUGUCAUAACGAAGACAUAUAUCCUUCCUCCUCAUUAUAAGAUAUAGUUUGAAUUCAAAUUCUGGAGGUUUGUAUUUUUUUACAUUUAUUACUUAGAUUGGAUCCUUGGUCCUCCGCAUAUUACAUCUUAUUUAUUAAUGGAUAAUAAGAAUACUCCUCUAAUCCAUUCAAUAAUACAGGAGAAUAAAUUUGUGGAAGUGGAACUCUUGGAUAGAUUGAUUAAGUUAGCAAAUAAGUUGCUCAUACAGGAAAUUCAGCCAUAAUAUUUAUAGUUUCUAGAUAAAAUUCAGCAUACUGGGGAAUCUCUGAUUUCAUAUUGUCAGUUUUGAAAUGUCCACAUUUUUGUGAUUCAGAUGGAGUUUGUCUUAAAUGGUAUAGGGUUUUAGCUUAUUUUAAAACUCUAAUAUUGGUAGAUGGAUAAGGAUGGGAAAAAGAUAAUGCUCUUUUUAACAAUGUAUUAGAUUGUGGUAUUUUUCAAUACGUAUAUCUAGGUUUUUAAUACUAUGGAAACUUUUAAACAUCAUAAGUGGCCUCAAUAAAUUUAAAUUUAAAUGAUCCUCAUACAUAGUUAAAGCUUUCAUUCAUAUUUCUAACUUUAGAAAUCACUGGCUCUGUAACCAUUGAAGUAAUAGGUGAUACAUAGUUAUAUUAUUUUGCUCCUCCUCUAACUUUUAUAACAACUGAUGAUUAUCUUUGUGGCUCUUAUUUAAAAAUGACCAAGGUUGAAAUUUAUGGAUUUCCUUGCACUUCCACAUCUAUGACUAUAUCCAUUGGUACUCCAAUUUUUACUACAGUUUCUGGAAACACCCCUAAAUUUGGUAUUAGAGACUUUGAAGUAUUUUCAUAUUAGGAGAAUAAAAUAAUAAUAGAUGAGAGUCUUCUCCAUUUAGACGAUUAUAUCCUUGGAAUUGAAGGGAUUUUUUCUUAAUAGUACAAUUGUGUAGUAGGAUGUAGUAAUUGUAUUCGAGAGUUGUGUGUAGAAUGUUUUUCAGGAUGGAAUUUUGAUACUAAUUCUUAAGAAUGUAUACCAAUCUGUGGAGAUCAAUUGAUUUUAUACUUAGAAGUAUGUGAUGAUGGAAAUAUGGAGCCUAAUGAUGGAUGUUACUAGUGUAAAUUCUCUUGCCCACUAAAUUGUACUUUGUGCGAAUAUGGCUAAUGUAUCUACUGCGACAAUAAUUAUCAAUUAAUAGAUUCAUAAUGCCAUUUUUCUCUCUAAUUUGAGGAUGAGAAUAGUUUAAUUUAAUAUGAUAUUUAAAUCAACGAGGGACAAUAUAGUUAAAUCUCCAAUUUUUUGACAAACGCAUAUCUUUAGCAUGUCACUCUCAACAACAAUUUUAAAUUAGAAGCCCAUGGUAUUUAAUGUUAAAUUUAGAGUUAUGGCAUUUUUGCUUAUUAAUAUAAUUAAUGUGAGUAUAGAGAACCAGAAAAUUGUUUCAUCUCUGUCUUUAAUGAAUGUUAGAUUUGUACAAAUCAAUUUGAAAAGUCAUUCAAUGGUUAAUGCUUACCUAUUUGUAAUUAUGGCAUUUAUUUAGUAGAUGAAUUUCUUGAUAAUUCUCUCUAAAUUUAGCUGGAUGGUACUUCUUAAUGUAGUAGGUGCUAAUUAGAAUGUUUAGAAUGUCACAACUCAUAUUGCUUUUAAUGUUUAAAUGGAUGGAAUCUAGUAAAUUUCAAAUGUGAAUAGGAAUGUGGAGAUGGUAAAAUUGCUUUGGGUUCCUCUGAAUAAUGUGAUGAUUAAAAUGAAGAUAUAGGAGAUGGAUGCUACUAAUGUAAAUUUGAAUGUUAAUAUAAUUGCGUAUUUUGCUCUGGUCAUCUUUAAUGUGCAAUUUGUCAAGAAUAUUUUGAAAUUAAGGAUUAAAAUUGCAUUCCUAUUUGUGGAGAUGGAAAUGUUGUGGAAGGAUUAGAAAUUUGUGAUGAUGGUAAUGAUAUCCCGUAUGAUGGAUGUCAUAAUUGUUAAUAUUCUUGCAGAGAAAACUGUCAAAUUUGUGACCAUUAGAAUUGUUUAGAUAAAUGUGAUUAAGGAUAUUAUUACCUUGAUAAUAAAUGCAAUUCUAUUUGCGGUGAUUCAAUUGUUGCUGUUAAUGAAUAAUGUGAUGAUGGUAAUGAUGAUCCUUUUGAUGGCUGUGAUUCAUGUUUGCUUUCAUGCCCUUAAAAUUGUAAUUAUUGUAAGGAAGGACUUUGUUCAGAUUGUGAUAUAGGUUUUAAUAUGAUUAACAAUAAUUGUCAAGACACAUGUGGGAAUGGGUUUAAAUCUGAUAUAGAAUAAUGUGAUGACGGCAAUCACUUAAAUUUGGAUGGAUGCUCGGAUACUUGCGUAAUUGAAAUUUAUUGGACUUGCUUUGAAGAAGAUUUUAAAAGAAGCUCUUGCAUGUUAAAUAAACCUCCACAUUUUAAUUUAAUUUUCUUAAAUUAAACUUAUAAUGUAUAAUAUGUCUAAUUGUAAUUUACUAAUCAAAUUAAACUAUUAGAUUCCUCAUAAAAUUUAACUCAAAAUUUUAAGGCUUCACUUGUUGAUAUCGAUCCUUCUUACUAUAUUAUCAGUAAAACAUUAGUUAAGGAACCUGAUAGUUUUGGUGUUCAUGAAAUUAUUUAUUAAUUGCGAAUUGAAGUUUUAGAAUAAUUACAAAGUGAUAUUUUACUCUAGGUUUAAUUAAAUACAUUAUUAGUUGAUCAAAAUGAUUUUUAAGUCGAUAAUGACAUUUGUACAAUUAAUCUCAAAAAUCCUAUAGUUUUGACGGAUGCAUAGAAAUAGAUUUCCCAUAAAAUAAGCUCCUAUAAUUCAACUAUACUCAUAUUCCUUGGAAUAUCAAGUAUGAUUAUUUUGAUAUCUGGUAAUCCUGCAGAAUGUUUUGAAAUCUUGGAUACAAUUUAAUAUUAAUCCAAUUUAAAAUUUAUCAACAUAAAUUUCCCACAAAACCUAAUGAUAUACUUUGAAUCCUCGGAUGUUGUUACAAUUAUCCCUAUUUUAGUAAAAGUUGGAAUUUUUGGUUUAUUCCAAAAUGUAAUUGGAUCAUAACAAUUAGAAGCUUUUGGAAAAUUUUAAAGUUAUAACAUCAACUGUGAUUUAAUUAGUAAUUUAUAUGGAUUUUUUACUCAAUUGCUAUUAGGAACAAUAUUGCUUAUAUUAUCAUAUUGCUAUUUAAAAUACAUAUUCAGAGCUUGGUUUAUUCGAAUUAGAGUCCUUAUUUAUGCAAAUACUUCAAUUCUUGUUUCAUAUCAAUUUGCAUUUUUUAUCCACAUGUUUAAUAAAUUUAGUUUAGGAUUACUUAAGAUUUUAUCAUAACAAGGAAUAGUUUAUAUUAUCUAAAUGAAUUGUUGGGAUUUAACUUUCAAAGCUUUACUCUAUCUUUUUACUGAAAAAGAAAACAACCUAAGAAAUAUUGGAUAAACUAUAAUUGCUGUUUUCAUUUUAAUUGCAGUUGUGUGCUUAAUGUUUCUGUUUUUUUCGUGUUCAUUGUCAAAACUGAAACCAAACAAUUUUACAAAUUUUAGUCACGAAGGCUUGCUUAUUUCAAAGAAAUUUUUAAUUUUGUUAAUGUUAAUAGGAUGUUAAAGAAACCCAAUUGUGCAAUGUGUUAUUAUUGCUUUAAUUAAUACUUUAUAUAUCACUUUGAUACUAACUUGUAAAAUGGUUAAUAAUAAAAUCGAUUUGAUAGUAAUUCUCAUUUUUGAGAUCCCUAUUAUUCUUGUUACAUUGCUUAAUCUUUCUUUUGAUUCAAAUAUUGUUAAAUUUAUUAGUUCAGAAGUUUAAGUUUGGAUAGGGUUUGUUCAAAUUGGUCUUAUGUCUAUUGGAAUUACAGCGCCAUUGACUAAAUAUGUCUCAGAAAUUAAGUAUAAAAUAAAUUAGCUAAUAGAAAAAUGGAAGUAAGAAAAAAUCAAAAAACUAGAAAAACAGAGUCAAACUACAAAUUUAUUUAUUUGAAUGAAAUUUAUAGUAUUCACAACACUACUAAUUUUAAGACUCUAAUUUCAUAUUUCAUAUUUCAUAUAUUUAAUAUUAACUGA